GGAUGCCAACCACCAUAAAAAAUGAAGAAGAAGGAAAGCAUCUAUGCUAAAUAAAACGACUCUUCCGCUUCAGCCUGUAAACAGAGUGAUCUCAUCUCUAUUCUGCCUCUGUCUCCCUUUAAAAGAAUUUCCCAGAAUGUGCGGCGAGCCUGAUUGACAGAAAUGACUGUGAAACAAAAUAUUUCUAUCGUUGCCUUAUGCAUGCUCUGCUGAAGCUGCUUUAAAGUGUUCUCACCAGGGGUUUCUGCGUGGAGAAUAAUGGAAGGAGUGCUUUACAAGUGGACAAACUAUAUGACAGGAUGGCAGCCGAGGUGGUUUGUGUUGGACAAUGGCAUCAUUUCAUACUAUGAUUCACAAGAUGACGUAUGCAAAGGCAGUAAAGGCAGUAUUAAGAUGUCAGUAUGUGAAAUUAAAGUUCAUCCAACUGACAACAUGCGACUGGAGCUGAUCAUACCUGGGGAGCAGCAUUUUUAUGUGAAGGCUGUAAAUGCGGCAGACAGGCAGAAGUGGCUGGUGGCUCUUGGGAGCUCGAAAGCUGGACUCAUUGAUACUAGAACCAAAAAAGAAAGGGAAUUAACAGAAACCACAGAGUCACUGAAAACCAAGAUGUCUGAGCUGCGUCUGUACUGUGACUUACUGAUGCAGCAGGUGCACACUAUUCAGGAGUCUGUGCAACAGGAAGGGGAAAGUGCAGUGGCUAGCACUGAGAUGAGGAAUGAGGCAUCCUCAUUACUGAGUGCCACCUGUGAAACCUUCAUCAAAACACUGGAAGAAUGUAUGAAAAUCGCCAAUUCCAAGUUUAAGACUGACAUGUUGCAAUCCGGCCCCUGUGAUUUGACUGUGUCCCCUGUGUCGCCCUCUCCCUUCCAGAUGUCCCGGAUGAAGCGCUCGAUCAGCCAUCCUGGCACCUACAAUUUUGAAAGGUCGAACUUACCAAAAGAGUGUAUGGCAUUGCAGAAGUCCACCCAAAGGCGUACAUGGACAUGCUCAGAUACAGAGGCUCACAGCGACAGAGGGGCCGAAGAGAUGGAACGCUUGAUGUUUCACAGAGCCCACAUCAAUGGUGACUCCACUCCGAGUAUCCCUGAGGAGGCUGGAACGAGCACAAAGUUCGGGUCGGAAACUGACACUCCGGAAUCUGACCUUUCCCUCUGAACCGUUUGAGAGAGCUUAUUAGAUGGGGAAAAAAGAGUGCGUACUGCUGUGCAGUCAAACUUUGCAGCAUUAUAAAGUCCCAUUUUACAAAGUAUUGUGUUAUAUUUCCUGAUGAAGGAUUUGGUUGCACUUUAUAAGAGAUGACAGAAAAAUAUGAGUCUGAUUUGAAUGUUUAUACUCUUCCAGGUAUUUUAAAAUAUUUGUUAGCAUUGAUGCUACUGCUUUUUUUUUUAUUUUUUUUUAUUUUGUAUUUAUUUAUUUUUUUUAUAAAUAUUGCUUUAUCCCUUCGGUGAAGAGUUGAAAAUGUUUGUACUGGGUUUUUGAUGUGUUGUGCAGUUGCCUUUGUGACAUGGGAACCUUGAUGAAAAGGUAUUUGUUACUGUGCCAAGGGGUUGUGCGUACGUGCUGACAUUAACUUUGGGGGGGUUUUUUUUAUUCACUUGGCAUGCAAUGUUGUUUAUUAGUUUAUGAUGCAAAAACAUUUAUUUAUUUUUGUAUGUUACUAGUUUCCACCCUCACAAAAAAAAAAAAAAAAAAAAAUUUUUGCCUUAAUUCUUCGCAUGGAGGAAUUUGGGCUAUUCAUUAUUGUAAUGUUAAGAAAAUAAUUAUUAAAAUGCUCUAGCAAGAUAGAGAUUCUUAUUUCUUUAUCUCAUAAAAGUGGUUUUAAAAUGUCUGAUCGUGUUUUCUUCAAACAAAGACAAAAUAAAAAUGAAAAGGAAACAUUUUCACAUUUCACACAGAUACUUUUCUGAGUCAAAAACAGAUUUUUGUCAUGGAAACCCUGGAAAUAUCAGGGCAUUUUAAAAUAGGAUGUGUCAGGCCUUCAAAAGUGACGGAAGUGAGUUAAAUUCGUGAAAAAGUCAAGGAAAUUUCUAUAGUGCAUAUAAUUUGUUGUUAUGCUCUGCUCUAAAGUAUUUGAUUGGCUAGAAAUGGCUCAUUGUGAGUGCAAUCUCUAUAAAUGUAUUUAAAAAAAAAUAAAAAAUAUGGACAUUUUUUGGUCAAAAUGUGUGGAAACCCUGUAAUUAGGGCUCAUGUUAUAU